GAACAACAUUCCCUCCGCAGCAAAGAACGAUGCCACAAUGUCGCAAGCACUCGCAGAAGAAGCUUCCAGUUCUGAGGUGUCCAAGUCAGAAUAUCCACCGCCUCUCCAAGUUGCCGUCAUUAUGGUCUGCAUUCUGAGUGCAAUCUUUCUGAUGUCAUUGGAUCGUACCAUCAUCGCCACCGCCAUCCCCAAAAUCACAGACGAAUUCGACAGCAUUGGCGAUGUUGGCUGGUACGGAAGUGCCUUUAUGCUCACAACCUCCUGUUUCCAAUUGCUUUGGGGUAAAUUCUACACAUUCUAUUCGCCGAAGUAUGUUUUCCUGGCUUUGGUUGGCCUAUUUGAGAUUGGAAGUGCUAUAUGUGGUGCCGCAACAAGCUCGAGAAUGUUCAUCUUCGGAAGAGCAUUCGCCGGAAUGGGAAGUGCUGGUAUCCUAUCCGGGGCCAUUGUGCUCAUGGUAUCAGCUGUUCCGUUGGCGAAAAGACCCCUGUAUAACGGAUACUUCAGUAUCGUGUUGGGACUAUCUUCAAUUCUUGGGCCGCUGCUCGGAGGCGUUUUUACGACCAGCCUUAGCUGGAGGUGGUGCUUCUGGAUCAAUCUGCCUAUCGGUGGGGUUGCAAUACUGGUCAUCUGGUUAGCGCUAAAGCCUACACCGGCGGCUAUGCCUGGAUUGAAGAUCCGACAACAAUUGGCUAAGCUGGACUUGCUGGGUGAAUUCUUUCUUUUCUCUUGGUUAUUAUGCUUACUACUUGCCUUACACUGGGGUGGCAGCGGUUACCAUUGGUCUGACUGGCGCAUUACUUUGCUCUUCGCCCUGUUUACAGUAUUCCUCGCUGCUUUUGCUGUUACAGAAGCGAAAACGCAGAAGACAGCGACAAUACAGUUUCGUGUCAUCACGAACAGGACCAUGCUUGCAGCUAUGUGGUACAUGUUCUGUCUCUCUGCCACAAUGCUUACCAUGAUCUACUACAUUCCUUUGUGGUUCCAGGCAGUACAAGGAGUCUCUGCAAUUCAAUCCGGCAGAAAUACUCUUCCUCUAGUUCUCUCGCUAGUAGCAGGAAGCACCUUCUCUGGUCAAAUGGUCGGUCGACUCGGCUACUACACGCCAUUCGCCAUGGCCUCGUCUUGUGUUAUGCCCAUUAGCGCCGGACUAAUAUCAACCUUCGGUACCAACAGCGGUCCACAUAUAUGGAUUACUUAUCAGAUCAUCCUCGGCUUCGGCAUUGGUCUUGGUAUGCAACAAGCUUCCAUCGCUGUAAUGACGGCUUUACAACCUGAAGACGUACCCAUUGGCGUUUCUCUGGUCUUCUUCUGCCAACAACUCGGCGGUGCCAUCUUCAUUUCUGUCGGGCAGAAUGUCUUUAGUGCAAGACUCGUCCAUGGCUUGACUCGAGUAAUCAAAGAUCUCGACCCAGAGAAGAUUAUCGGUUCAGGAGCUACAAACUUGAGAAAGCUUGUGCCCAAAGAAAGCUUGCAGGAUGUCCUUGUGGUUUACAAUGAUGCGUUGGGGUGGGUAUUUGUCGUUGCUACUGUCAUGGCUGCAUUGUCAGCAAUGGGGUCUUUUGCUUUUGAGUGGAGAUCUGUAGAAGACGAACAGAGGCCCUUCAGCAAGAACGGUGAUGACGAGAAUCUGUUGAGCGGGAGCAGAGGUGAGCAGGACUAACAAGGUGCUAUGUAGGAGGUAACUCCGUCAGCAAAGUCUUCUGUUUCUCUGCUGUCUUCUCGAGAGCUGUCACACUGUUCAAAGAUGAGACGUUUUCGAGAAUUUUGACUCAUUUUCGAGGAGAGUCGUUCACCUCGAUUAAUGCUCAGGAGAUCAAUGAUCCUAACUUAAACAGGGUCACUCCGCUAGCAACGGAACUAGGCCAAUCGUUUCACUCACC